AUGACAUCUUCAUCGAUGUCACUGUUUUCUUUAACUUAUCUUGGACAUUCUAUUAUUCAAAAAUCAAAUGAUUGUGAACUGGAAACAAUCUAUGAAUUGUUGAUUGAUUAUUAUUUACAAUUUCUUCGACAAGUAUCGUCCUUGAAACUGACUACAUUAUCUGCACCUUCAACUAAUGAUAAGACUGCUUAUAAAUCAAUAAUGCUAGAUAAUUAUGACAGUGUAAUAUUAGCUAUUGGCAAUGGUCACUUUCUUAUCAAAUCACUAGAUUGCAAAGGCAAUAAGAGAAAAGAUGACAGACCGAAAAAUUCAUCCGUAAUACCGUCGUCAUCAUCAUCAUCAUCAUCAUUACAAAUGGAUGAAGAUUUUUCAGUGUCUGAAUUGAUCUAUUUCAAUUGUUACUACUUUGAAGUUGUAACACCAGUUGGAAGUAAUCUUAGCCAUAAAAAUGUUCACACUAGUAAUAAUAACAAGAAUUCUGACCCUUGUUACGCUUAUUUUCGACGAAUUAUUGACACACGUCGUUGUAUACCUGAGGAUGCAUUAAUUAAGUUAGAUAACCAAAUAGCAAGUUGGUUAUUACGUUACCGUUCAGUAAUACGUCCACCUUUGAUUUAUUUUAUGGUCCCACGUUUAUCAUCAAAUGGCGAAAAUUGUUUAACUUGUUAUGUAUUUCUUGCGGAAAAUAUACAAAUUGGACUGAAUAUUUUACGCUGCCUUUCAGAAUUGCGGAAAUCGUCUCCUCAGACAAACAUUUUACCAAGAACAUUAUGUAAAUGUGGUGCUAUAAAACCAAUUCAGACUGAAGUAACUCAUUACCAGUCAAAAAAGAUAAAUGAUAGAUUUAUUACAAAUAAUUAUGAAAAUUCCCAAGCGGAUUAUUCAAAUGUUGCAAGACCAAAACAUUGCGAAUGCUGUCAACAUAACUUAAAGUGUAAAGGAUCUCCUUUAUUAUCAGAACGAGCAACUAGAUCACAUAUUGACCUUAUACAACGAUUAAAUUGUCCAUCUACAUCAGAACCAUCUGUGAAUAUGAAAUGUUCACUGUGCAAUGUAAACUAUCAUCCACUUCAUUCGAAUCUAUGUGAAAAGCAUCGAUCAAGGUUAAUUCAAAUGAAGCUGGGGAAUGAAGCAAUGGAUUACUAUUAUAAUAACCAUUCGCGGCAUCAACAAAAACGUAUCAAUAAUUCUGACAUGUUGAAAUCAAAUAACCGUAGAAGAGAUCACUCAGUUCCAACACUGUUAGAAAGUCGGCUGAAUCAUAUGAAUAUUGAUUCAUGCAGUCAAGUAUGCCCAUUUUGUCAAGUUAAUGCUAGUAAUGAUUUUAACACUCGUGAACAUACUGGAAGAUCGUGUUGUCGAUAUAAAAUUAAUGAGCAAACAAGAUCAAGUAACAGAAAUCGUCAGUCUUCUUCAGCUUCACGUUAUUUCAUUCCGCGAUCUAGAGAUAAUUCAAAAUACUGUCAUGCUCAUUUAGGGGGAUCGUUAGAGUUGUUGCCUUAAAUGGGACAUAAUAUGUAAUACUUAUUUUUAUUGAUCCAUCUCGGAAUUUCACAUGAUUGAGAAAAGUUGUUAUUGUUUUUUUACCAGGCAUAUCCUCUUAUUUUUGAACUUAAAUUAUGUAAUCAGUUGUAGAUAGUAUUCUACUACAUACUUUUAUUGUUUCAAUAAAAUGAGAUUUAUUAAACCUCG